AACAACAAAUACCUCCCUCCGCCCCUCCGCCAUUUCUGAAACCCCCAAAAGUCUCCCCAAAUCUCCGGAACCCUAACCCUAACCCUAGAAUCAGAUCCCCAUGGAGUCCGCCGCCCUCUCUCGCAUCGGCCUCGCCGGCCUCGCCGUCAUGGACCAAAACCUGAAAGUCGACGAAACUGUCCACAGGGCUGAGGUCGAGGGCAACCUCCCGCUAACGGGCCACUACAGCCCACGGGACUUCGUGCUCUCGCUGUCCCGGCCGAGAUCUAUUGUGAUUCUUGUGAAGGCGGGAGCUCCCGUUGACCAGACGAUAGCGGCGUUGACUCAGUUCAUGGAGCCUGGGGAUGCGAUCAUCGAUGGGGGGAAUGAGUGGUACGAGAAUACCGAGAGGCGGAUUAGGGAGGCGCAGGGGAAGGGGUUGCUGUAUUUGGGGAUGGGGGUCUCCGGCGGUGAGGAUGGGGCGAGAAAUGGGCCGUCGUUGAUGCCCGGGGGAUCCAUGAUGGCGUAUAAUAAUGUGCAGGACAUACUCUCCAAGAUCGCGGCGCAGGUCGAUGAUGGCCCAUGCGUGACCUAUAUUGGCGAGGGUGGCUCAGGUAACUUUGUCAAGAUGGUCCAUAACGGCAUCGAAUAUGGUGACAUGCAGCUAAUUUCAGAAGCUUAUGAUGUGUUGAAGACUGUCGGUGGAUUAUCAAACCAAGAAAUGGCAGAUAUUUUUGCCCAGUGGAACAGUGGGGAGCUUGAAAGCUUCUUGAUCGAGAUUACAGCUGAUAUUUUCAAGGUUAGGGAUGAGCAUGGUGAAGGUGAGUUGGUGGAUAAGAUCCUCGACAAGACCGGAAUGAAGGGGACUGGAAAAUGGACAGUCCAACAAGCAGCAGAGCUCUCAAUCGCUGCCCCAACAAUCGCAGCAUCUCUCGAUGGCCGCUAUCUUAGUGGCUUAAAAGAAGAAAGAGAGAACGCUGCAAGAAUUCUCGAUCAAGCGGGGAUUGAAACCCCUAAAUUGAGAUCAGUUGACAAGAAGAAGCUAAUUGAUGAUGUGAGACAAGCAUUAUAUGCUUCUAAAAUAUGCAGUUAUGCACAAGGGAUGAACUUGCUAAGGGCGAAGAGUGAAGAAAAGGGUUGGAAUCUUAAUUUGGGAGAACUCGCAAGGAUUUGGAAAGGUGGGUGCAUUAUAAGAGCUAGGUUUCUCGAUAGGAUCAAGAAGGCAUAUGAGAGGAACCGGGCCCUUCCUAAUUUGAUUGUGGACCCAGAGUUUGCUAGAGAGAUGGUGCAGAGACAAGGAGCUUGGAGAAGAGUUGUAGGAUUGGCGAUUGAGUCGGGGAUUAGUACUCCUGGGAUGUGUGCUAGUUUGUCAUAUUUUGAUACUUAUCGGAGGGCGAGACUUCCAGCAAAUUUGGUGCAGGCUCAGAGGGACUUGUUUGGAGCUCAUACUUAUGAGAGGAUUGAUCGCCCUGGGUCUUUCCAUACUGAAUGGACUAAGCUAGCUAGGCAAACCAAAGCGGGCGCACUCAACUGAGGUCAGAAUUCUUCCUUCAUUGUGAUGUGGUAAAUUUGAAUUGGGUUUAGGUGUAUUGUUGUCUUUUGUUAGGGAUGUUUGUGGUUUCAAUAAUUGGUGCAUUUCGUUUGAGGUUUGCCUAUAUAAGACAUGUUACUUGCGGUGAUGUAGUCCCUUGUCAUGGGAUGAAUUUUUUGCCCCUAUUUGAUUAUCUUAGUUUUAUUUCAUAAAGUGGUGGUUGUAUUUCAAUGCUUCUCAUGCAAUGCUCCACAUUAUUUUAGUGGUAUUGUUGUUAUACCACUUUCUCCCUAAUUAAGGUAAGACAUGUAAUGGUUAAUACA